GGGCCGCGGCGGGCCCCGCGCCAUGGCCCAGCAGCAGAUGAGCAGCUCGCAGAAGGCGCUGAUGCUGGAGCUGAAGUCGCUGCAGGAGGAGCCGGUCGAGGGCUUCCGCAUCACGCUGGUGGACGAGUCCGACCUGUACAACUGGGAGGUGGCGAUCUUCGGGCCCCCCAACACCCUCUACGAGGGAGGAUACUUCAAGGCUCACAUUAAAUUUCCUAUCGACUAUCCAUACUCACCACCUACCUUCAGAUUCCUGACCAAAAUGUGGCACCCCAACAUCUAUGAGAAUGGAGACGUAUGUAUUUCAAUUCUUCACCCACCGGUAGAUGACCCACAGAGUGGAGAACUGCCCUCCGAAAGGUGGAAUCCCACCCAGAACGUAAGGACUAUCCUGCUGAGCGUAAUCUCCCUGCUUAACGAGCCCAACACCUUCUCUCCAGCCAACGUGGAUGCAUCCGUCAUGUUCAGGAAAUGGAGGGACAGCAAAGGGAAGGACAAGGAGUAUGCAGAAAUCAUUAGGAAACAGGUGUUGGCCACCAAGGCGGAGGCGGAGAAGGACGGCGUGAAGGUCCCCACGACGCUGGCAGAGUACUGCAUCAAAACUAAAGUGCCUUCCAACGACAACAGCUCGGAUCUGCUCUACGACGAUUUGUACGAUGACGACAUCGACGAUGAGGAUGAAGAGGAAGAAGACGCCGACUGUUAUGACGACGACGACUCUGGCAACGAGGAGUCGUGACCUGCUCCCUCCGUGCCCCUGUACUGCCCUGUCCACUCAGGCCAGAAGGGAGCAGCGGGAACCUUGCAGCAGUCCCAGCAAAAAAAAAAAAAA